AUGAGUGUAUCUUCAGAAAUUAAAUGUCAAUUUGCAAAAACAAAAAUAUGCAAACAUUUUUUGGAAGAUAAAUGCUUAAAUACAGAUAACUGUAAUUAUGCUCAUGUGUUAGAAGAAUUAAGGCCACUACCAAAUUUAGUUAAUACUAAAUUAUGUAAAAGUUUAAAGAGGAAUGAAAUAUGUAACACUCCAAAUUGCAAAUAUGCACAUAAAAUUGAGCAAUUACAACCAAGUACUGAUUUAGCUACUUAUAAAACUACUAUGUGCUAUUUUUGGAAAAAAAAAAAAUGUAUGAAUCAAAGCAAGUGUAGAUUUGCGCAUGGACUAAAAGAAAUCAGACCUUUAAAGAUAAAAGAAACAGAUAAGAGAAAACAUUUAUCAGACUCAAAAGAAAAUGUAAAUUUAGAUACAGUUGAAUGUAUACGAAAUCUUCUGUCUAACGUUUUGUUUUUUGAAAAUGUACCCACUAUAAAAAAGGAUUAUUCAAAUUCUAAUAGCACUUUAAAUCCAUACAAAACUUUUAAUUUGAAUUCUACUGCUUUUUCCACUUCAAGAGAAAAUAAUUAUUCCAAUUCAAACUGCACUGAAAAAUCAGAACAUCAAAGUUUAGAUAUGUUUUCAUUGGAAAGAAAUAUACUUAAUUUGGAAUUAAUCUCCAAUAAAAAAGAAAAUAAAAACUUUGAAUUAUUUUCAUUUAAUGAUGAAUCUAACAAAACAGAAUUAAAUGAUGAUGAUGAUUAUUUUAAUGAAUUAUACAAAUGUAUAAAAAAAGAAUUAUCUAAAAACGUGGAAAACAUAUGCAGUUAUUAA